AUGAGUCGACUUUGGAAAAUCGGCUCAAUCUUUUCUCGUGUAUCAGGUAUGAUCGAAGGUGGACAUUUAAAAACUACAGAUAUACCUAUUUGGUAUUCGAUUUAUAAACGUUUUCCACCAAUACGUGAACCAAGAUAUUUAUCUUUAACUGAAGGUGAUAUACCAAAAGCUUACAAUCCACCUAAAUUAUUAUAUAAUGAAGAUAUAAUAAGACAAGCUUAUUAUGAAGAUGUUGAUGAUGGUGAAAUAAUAAAAUUGAAGAAUAAUGAUAGAAAAUCACGUUCACAAGUAUUUAUUGAUGAAUAUUUUAAAUUAAAAUCAAAACAAACAACGCCUACUUCGCACACAAAAUUAUUUCGAUUAACCUUAGAAUAUUUACAACAACAUGGACAUCCAAUUAUGUUUAAAAUAGGUAGUGAAGACAAAUAUCCCGAAAUCACAUCGGAAUCAAAUGAAGCAACUAAAUCAAUUGAUAAGAACAAUGAACAAAUACAAAAUCUAUCUGUCGAUACAUUUGAAACGGAAUGGGAACGUAAUCAUAGCGAAGGUUAUUUCCCAUUAGGUAAAAAUACAUAUCAAUAUCGUCGACUUCAACCUCAUCGUGUUCAAACAUCAUUUGGUGAACAAGCUGUGAGUGAUUCGGGUAUUGCUCAUCGUCGUACAGAUGGUUAUGUACAUUCAACUGUACGUGGUGAUGAAGUUAGACAAGUAGAUAAUACAUAUAUGCCAGGUGAAAGUUUACAACCAUUAACACCACCAACAUUUAUUCAACAAAAUAUGCUUCGACAUGGCAAAGUACACAAUGUAUUUACACGUGAACAAUAUGAAAAAGAUCCAUUUUUAAAUUUACAAGAUCGAGUGAAAAAAUUAGAAUAUUACAAACAACCACCACUACAUAACAAAGUUUUUAAAAGAAAAUUUAAAGCAAAGAAAUUUCUUGUUGAUAUACCUGGAAUUUACGAUAAAAAAUAG